AUGGCUGAGGAUAAAAAAGAGAGUUCAUCAGAGGAGCUGAAGGAGAAGAUCUGCUUUCUGACUAAUGAGAACGACCAUCUGUGCAGUAAACUGGGUUCCUCACAAAGCAGAGUGGUUCAACAUGCUGCCUCCAACAGGGACCUGAGCUCCAGAUUGGUGCAGAGUGAACAGGACAAAUUAAAGAUCUCCAAAGAUCUUGUGGAAGUGCAGAUCGAAGCCAACAAAUUGAAAGAGAAAUAUGAGGCAGAUAUAUUUGAGCUGCAGAAUAAGGUGUUGUGUCAGGAAGGUGUGGUGUUGAAUCUGGAGGCAAAGCUUGACCAGCUGAAGCGGGAGGCAGAGUCAGCAUCAUCACGGUUACAGAUUGCCGAGAGUAAUGAGCGAGACAUGGCGGAGGAGUACUCAGUCCUGAAGAGUAACUUCCUGGCUGUGAGUGAGGGGCUGGAACGUGAGAUUACACACUCACAGGAGCUGAGUGAUGAGCUGCUGAUGCUUGCACACACAGAUGACACACUGCUGCAGGAAAAAGAGCGAGAACACACACACAAACUCGAGCUGGAGAGAGUCAGAGCUCUACUGAGCAGAGUGUCACACAGCAGAGUCAGGCCAGAGGAACUGAGCUGAGGAUGCAAUGCUAUGGGGGACAGACAUACACAUAGGGCCCAGUAUGAGCUGAGGGAGGAGCUCGAGAAAAUGAGAAAGAGUUAUGAAGAACAACAACAUCAGCUGGAGGAGAAAAUUGUGACUAUGGGAAAGGAGCAGCAGGAGAAUAAGAGAGCAAUCUGCAACACACAACAGGAGCUUGCACAGCAAUCAGCUGCACUGUUUGUCUCUCAGCACCAGCUGAAGGAGGUGGAGACUGAAAACUCUAAACUACAGAAUCAACUGAAGGAGCUGAAUCAGGAGUACAGAGCACGCCUCACACACUACAUCCACGACAUUACGGAGUGUGUGCACAGAGACGGUGAUGCAAGUGUGCAGCUGAAAGAGUAUGUGGACUCCAUGCUGAAGGAAGUGAGAGUGUCGUAUUGCUCCAGAGAGGAGCAGCUGACCAGCACACUGAGAAAUUACCGCAAACGCCUCCACAACCUCAACAACACACACCAACUACUGCUCACUGCAUACAGAAUGCAGCGUGAGCAGAUCCUGGCACACAGUGGGCAUGGUCUGGAGGCAGGGCCACCUGAAGCACACUUCAACCCUGCAGAGGCGGAACUUAGCGGAGAGACUGAGAGAGAACUCCAGAAGCUAAGAGAGGACAAAUCUCGCCUGGAGACACAACUCAGAAUUGCACAAGAACAGGUAUCUCUGCUGUCACAGCCGUCUCAGAAUAUAGCACUCACUGAGGAAGCCUGGACUGAUAUCAGGAAGCAACUCCGAGAGAUUGCAGUCAGUGCACAGGAGACACAUGAAAGAGAGCGUGCGCAGCUCAUCACCAGGGCAACAGUUGCUGAGGAGCAGCUGAGAGAGCUGCAGGAGUAUGUCGAUAAUCACCUGGGCAGGUACAAGAUGGAAGUCACUCGGUUGAGGAGGAUGCUUCAGUUGGAGGCAGGGCGAUCACAGAGUGCUGAAUCACCUAAGCCCCGCCCUCUACACCAGUCACUCAAUAAGACCAGCUAUGAAUUCUAA